CAAGAGCAGCGACAUGUUUGAGCUUCUUGGAGUUUUUGGCAGGAAGGUACCUGCAGUGGACAUCAAGCCUGUGAUGCAGGCUGAGGUCCCCAGCUACAAGGCAGCUGAGAUCUCAGCUUGCUCCGCCGCAGACUGCACGUCCUCGCCCAUGCUCAAGGAGAGCCUUUCCCAGUACUGAGGGAGGAGGAUGUAAGAUGGAGAGUAAACCACUGAUAAAGUCUU